AUGUCAGAUAAUUUUAAGUCUUUAAUUAAACAAGCUGUUAAGAGCCUUGUUACUACUAAGAGCACUGAUGAGGUAGUCACAAUAGAGAUAGUUGAACAUAAUAAACGUUAUAAUCAACAAAUCAAUGUAGAGCAGUCCCUUUCAGAGUUUCGAAGUCAGUUAUUAGGCUUGUAUAAACAAAAUCCAAUUGGACGUAUAUGUCUGUAUAAAAAUAUGCUUUUUGUUGGCUUAGGUGGUGGUAUUAUAAGCCAAGAUGAUGAAAAGAACUAUAAAUUGGGUGAUAUACUUCAUGUUGGGGAGAAUGGAAAGAUUAUAAAGUUUAACCGAUCUCUUGAAUACAUUGAUGACUUGGAGAUUAUAAAACUUUGUAAGCUAGAGUAUGGAAUUAAAAUGUCUGAAGAUGGGCCCGUUGAACUUCAUGAAAAUAACAAAGCUUUUGAAUUCAUUACGCAAGAUGAAGUGGUUGACCUGUUUCACCCGACAGCGGAUAUUUAUGACAAAAAAGAUUGUAUUACACGAAAUUAUAAUUAUGAAAUCACAUGUCAAAAAAAUUUAAUCGCUAAUUUAAAUGUUUCUACUAAUUUACCCUGGUCGUCAUUAUCUACUGAAUUUAAAAUCUCAUAUAAAAGAUCGAGAGGAAGGACUAAUUACAAUGAAACUUCUAUGACAUUUGAUGUCAAUCUACAAGGUCGUGCGAAAGUAAUAAUGGCUAACAAAGUUCGUCCGUCUAAAAGAUUUGAAAAGGCAGUAGAUGAUGCCUUGAAAUGUUCUAACCCUGUUGAACAACUUAAAAAUGUCUGUAAUGAAUACGGGGAAUUCUGGGCACGUGAAAUAAUUUUAGGAGGCAAAAUUCAGAUAAUUCGAGAUGGUUUCAUUGAAGUUGGCACACAAACAAAGGAAAAUGUGACAGAUGCCAGUGUUAGUGUUAAUAUAGAAAAUGUUGAAUCAAUUUUUCGGCAUAAUAAAACGGAAGGCAGCAAAUUUGUCACAAAUAGUAAAGAAUCUAGAACUAAUUCUAAGUAUAUUGGUGGUGAUAGCGAUUUGGCUCGCAAAAACGUUGAUGAAUGGAUUGAAUCUUUAAAAAAUUACACAACAUGGAGGGUUGUAGAAUACCGAAAUGUAGUCUCGAUUUUUGAAAUUCUAGAAGAUAAUCUCCGUAAAUGUGUUCUUGAUACUUUGGGAAAAAAUAUUCUUUACGCUCAAGUCGAUCAAUGUGAAUUAAAAUUUGUUCCAAAUCAAAAACCCGAGAAUGAAAAAGGUACCUUUUCUGUUCGGGUCAUAUAUACAACUGACAGCAACUCUACGAAACUCCUUUCUACGAAUCUCCUAAUUCAUCGAUUCAGAAAAUCUGGGAAUAAUAAACCGAGGAAAUAUUCUUUGAAAAUAGGAUGGAUUAUCAUUGGUAUUCCUAAUGGCUUUAAUUAUUUUGGCUUUGAAGGUCUAAAAGAAUUUGAAGUAAAAUUUAGCAAGGACUUUUCAAGUAACGAUCCCUACAGCAUUCACGAUAUUUAUGAUGAGUACGAAAAAUGUAAGACAUACCCACUAGUCACUUGCGCAUUAAAAAUUAGUAAAUCUCUUCAGUAUGAUCCUCUUGAUUUGAAAAUAGUCACUGGAAUACACUUUCAUCACAAGAAUACACACUUGCAAAUGUGUAUUAAUAAUUAUGAUUUAGCAAAUGGAAAUUUAUCAUCAGAUAAAGAUCUUUUAGUUCAAUAUUGUAUUACUCAACGUGCCUGUACUCCUGUGCCCGAAGGAAAGCUAUGUGAUAAUAAAGGAAUUUUUAGCACAAGGGGAAAUAAAACAAGAUGGACAUGUGAUCAGCCAGCCUUUGUAAGUCUUUAUCAGCAAACUUGUGGUAACAAUUGUAUUCCAGGAUUAUUUAAGAUUACACCCGAUAAUGCAGUUUUCAAAUCUUUUAAUGGAAUUACUUUUAAAAAAGAAAAUCCACCUACAUUAUAUUAUAUAU